AUGGCUCCUAAAAGAAGCAGGGCCCUCAGGAACAAAGUUCAAAAGAGGCCAGCCAUGCAGGAGCAGAACCAGGUGAUGCAGAUUGAGAUCCAGGAUUUAUCAAGGAUAAAUCCCCAUGCGUCAUCUCUAGAGGAAGCCUCUGGGCCCAGCACGGCAGCCAAACAGGUGCACAGCAAGCGGAAGCCGGCACGCACAUCUGCGCCUGAAUGUGAAGAGGCUGGAGAGCAAAGUCAGCGGAAGAUGUUCACAGAUAUCAUGCAACAGGCGAAGACAACGGCAGACGUCAUAAACAUCAUGUCACAACCAAGGACGGUGCACGAGAGGACUGUUUAUGCCUUCUCAACGUUCUUGCGAGAGGAGAUGCUGCAAAUCCCAGAAUGCGAAUGGCUUAGCUACUCCUCGGAGGCCUUUGCCGUGGCAAGGGCCCACAGAUCUCCUCAGCCAAGUCUGAUGAGGCACAUGCCAUUCAUGGGACACCAACAAAUGGGGAUGAUGGCACCACACCAUGCUCAUCGGGCGAUGAUGGGACCACGACACAUGGCAUACCCAUGGAUGGCAAGCGCACCCAACAUCAGGGCAGGCAGCUCAACGCCACAUCAGGCACAUCCAGCAUCCGACAUGGUGACGCGUGAUUUGCGAGCGACACUCAUACCGGCCUGUCGCGAAAGGUUGUUGUCUAGUCAUCAGGUUACGAGGUUCUCAAUCCCCUUCCUGUACGCCAUCACAUCAGGAUUUGAUAUCUGUCCCACUACUGUGGUGUCGUCUGCAAAUUUGUAA